ACACUGCCACUAGCGCAAACGCAGAUGAAGGAGCCACACUGGGCCCCUCGGAAGUAUCCAAAAUCGAAGCCAUACUUGACAAAAUUCUCCCGCAUAGGGAUAUAAACGUAGUAACCCUAAAGAGCGUAAGAAAAGACGUGGCGGAUUAUUUAAAUGUGGAUGAAUCGUACUUUUCGGAGAGCAAAGAAAAAAAAGAAUUACUGAAAAGUAUCUUGAAAGAGAAGCUGUUAAAAAUUUACAAGCAACAGAAGGAGGAGGAGACGACGGAUGAUAUUGAAAAUAGCGAAUACAACGAUGAAGUGAAAAAGGGCGACUCGAAACAGAAAAUAAACAAAAGUGCAAGCAAAAUUGCCAGCAAAAGUGCGAGCAAAAGCGCAAGCAAAAGCGCAAGCAAAAGCCCGAAAAAUAAAGACAAACGUGGAGAGAAGAAAAACUCCGAUAAUGAUGAGGCACCAGAAGAGGAAGAAGACAACUAUACAGAUGACAGCAUGGGAGAUAAUAGUCAAGUACCAAAGAAAAAGAAAAAGGGAAAGGAACAAAAUGACGACGACGAUGAUGAAUAUGAUGAGGAUGAAGAAGAGGAUAAACAAACUGAUUUCGAUUAUGAUGCUCACAAACGUAAAGCCAAUAAUGAGGAUGCUUCCAAAAAAAAAAGUAUCAGCAGUGGAAAUAAUAGUAGUAAAGAAAAAAAUGUACAUACUGUGAAAAAAGAAAAAUUAAGAAAAUUAGUUUUGGAUUUAAAAAUUGGACCCACUAUUUUUAAAGACUUAAACAAAGAGGAUGAAGAAGCAUACAAUAAAAAACUUGAACAGAGAAUAAUUACGUUUUGCGAAAAAAAGCAUGUGUGCUCGGAAAGUGGAAGAUUACCCAAUCCGAAUGAAAUACACGAGUACAGAAAAAAAAUUAAACUGAAGGAAGAAUUAGAUGGUAUUGACCCAUCCAACAUCCUCGACUCCAGCACAAGGGUGAGGAGAAGGAACCCCAAUGCUUAUGUGCCGCAGUCCUUUGCAGAGAUUGAUGAGGACGGGGAGGAAGUAGAGGACGAAGAGGAAGAAGAUGAGGAUGAUGAGGAGGACGAUGAUGAUGAUGAUGAAGAGGUCGACGGAGCGGAAGAUGAUGCAGACGAGGGGGCAGAAGAGGACGUCUCUGAAGAAGACGACGAUGAGGAUGACGACGAUGAGGAAGAGGAUGAUGAUGAGGACGACGAUGAUGAGGACGAGGUGGCUAAAUCUAAAAAGAAGAAAAAGUUAAAAAAAACAAUCAGCAAGAAGAAGACUCGUGUGUUGGAGGACGACGACUAA